AUGAACAACCGUCAGCCGGAGCUUUGUGUCGGCAUAGACUUCGGUACCACGUAUACAGGUGUCUCUUGGAGCACCCCAAAGGAGAAUAGCAAUGAUAUUCACAUCAUCAAACAGUGGCCUGGAGAGGCUGGGGACGAAGAUAAGGUCCCAACUGUGUUGGCCAAAGACGCAGUUGGAGGGGAGACGAGAUGGGGCUUUCUCUGUGAAGAGUUGGCUGAGGACAAAAAAUGGAGGUUCUUCAAGCUGCUUCUGGACCCGAAGCUACACAAAAAGAAGUUAACAGAUAUCAAGCCUUCGUCUUGGGUGCCAAGGACUACAGAUCAAUUACACGAGCUUGUGACACUGUAUCUGCGUCAGAUCUACACCCACAUCAGCAACGAGAUUCCCAAGACCAUCAAGCCCGAUCCUACCUUCAGCCAACAGCUCAGGAGCAAGAAAUGGGACGCUAUUGCAAUAGAUUUCAUAUUCAGCGCCCCAACGACCUGGAAAGCGACCGUCAGCCAAUGCUUCAGGGGCAUAGUCUCCAAAGCAGGCUUUGGCGAGCAGAAACUCCACAGCGUUAUGCUAGGGCUAACAGAGGCUGAGGCUUGUGCGGUUUUUACAUGCCAGCCGGGGACAUUCGGCAAAGUCCAGAAGGGCGACGUCGUCCUAUCGAUCGAUGCAGGAGGAGGAACAACCGACCUUGCCUUCGUCAGGGCAACAGCCGACACAGCCGACUCACUCACCUUGGAGGAGAUACGUCCCGUCACUGGUGCCAGCACCGGUUCUAUAACAAUCGACAGCGAGUUCGAGAAGCUCAUCGAAGAGCGGAUCAGGAAGCAUCCCGAGACUCGACGACAGCUGCCGAAAAACUUUUCCAUGAAAGUAUCACAAAGCCUCGAUUUUCAAACCUGGAAGCACAAACUUGGGCCCAAGGACUGCGAUCAGUUCGGUGAUGAAUAUUUUAUCAGGAAGGCGACAGGCAAAGACUUGUACAGCCACGAGGGCCUUGGGAUCCGCGAAGGCUGUUUGUACUUUACAAGGCGGCAGCUCGAAAGCUGCUUCGAUAUUGCACUGCAGGAAAUCAAGGGUCUUAUCAAGGACGCACUUGACAAAUUUGAAGCCAGCGAUCGCACAGUCAGACACGUGGUGAGUCUGAGCCGCAAUUCGGACAUCGGUCGUUCUCUAAUCUGGGGCCAGGAUUACGUCGUUCUCUCAGGUGGCCUGGGGAGCUCCGACUACGUCUUGGAAGAAUUGACCACGUACUUCAGGGGCUUGGCAAAUGAAGCGAACAGUUGCGUCAUAGGAUCAAAGGUCUUCAGAGAUAAGGGUGAUGCUCGGACGGCCGUGGUCAAAGGCGUUCUCUACGAUCGAAAAACUCAGGCUCGCGCACUCAGAGAGCACAAAGCACGAGCGAACUAUGGUGUCAUCGUUGAGGAAAAGCUACCCAAAGGGUCUUCUUCCAGCGAAAAUACCAAGCAAUACCCCGCGGACACUACCAUAUUCGCCACCGAUCAGAUUCGUUGGCUGGUAAAGUUUGGUGAUACCAUCCAGGUCGGCAGGCCAAUAACCGUGGACAUCACCAAGCGCCUGGAGAAGCGUGACCCGUGGCGAUGGACAGAGAAGGUUGUGUGGUUGGAUGGUAAAAAAUCAUCCCUACCUAAGGAGGUGAAAGCUGGAUGGAAGCGAGGAAUGCAGGAGCUCCACGGCGUCGAUGUCGAAGUCCACCCAGGUGUGAUACCUAGUGCCGGCGCGCGAACCUGGCAGGGCAGAACGGCGUAUCGCCAAUGCGAUUUCAAGUUGAUGUUGGUUGUCGGGCCGUCAGGCGACUGUGAUGUGGAAGUGUCGGGGAAUGUCAUCAAACGGAGCGAGUAG